GACACUCUUCGAUUUUUUCUCUUCUUCUACUUAACUCGCUUUGCCUGACUCACUGAGUCAUGGCGCUUCUGAGGCCGCAUCUUCAUCGCUUUCUCUCCAACACUCUCCGCCACUCCGCAUAUCCUUCCGCCGACUCUGGCGGUGGCCUUGUCGUCUAUCCCACGUAUGGUCAUCACCGUUGCUCCGCGAUUGCGAUCGACGCGCCGUCGUCUCUGACUGGCGUGACGCCGAUUCGAUGGGGUUACACGAGCGUUCAAGGAUUCCGAGAUGAGAUGGAGGACGACAUCGUUAUCCGUUCCGAUGCUCUUGAUAGCUUCUCCUACGCCGCGGUUUUCGACGGCCACGCUGGAUCGUCCUCUGUCAAAUUCCUCAGGGAUGAGCUGUAUAAGGAGUGUAUUGGGGCAUUGCAAGCUGGAUCGUUGUUAAAUGGAGGUGAUUUCACAGCAAUCAAGGAAGCUUUGAUUAAGGCCUUUGAAAGCGUGGAUCGUAAUUUGCUCAAAUGGCUAGAAGCAAACGGUGAAGAAGAAGAUGAAUCAGGUUCAACAGCCACUGUAAUGUUCAUCAGAAAUGAUGUUUCUUUCAUUGCACAUAUUGGUGAUUCAUGUGCAGUCUUAUCUCGGUCUGGACAAAUCGAGGAAUUGACUGAUUCUCACCGUCCAUAUGGAAGCAGUAAAGCAGCUAUUCAGGAAGUGAAAAGGAUCAAAGAAGCAGGUGGAUGGAUUGUCAAUGGAAGGAUUUGUGGAGACAUAGCUGUAUCCCGUGCUUUUGGUGACAUCCGGUUCAAGACAAAGAAGGAUGAAAUGUUAAAGAAGGGUGUUGAUGAAGGAAGAUGGACCGAGAAGUUUGUUUCGAGAAUCGAGUUUAAAGGGGACAUGGUAGUCGCAACUCCAGAUAUCUUCCAAGUACCUCUUACUUCUGAUGUGGAAUUCAUUAUUUUAGCUUCUGAUGGAUUAUGGGACUACAUGAAAAGUUCGGAUGUGGUUAGUUACGUAAGGGAUCAGCUUCGGAAACAUGGAAAUGUGCAGCUUGCUUGUGAAUCUCUUGCGCAAGUAGCUUUGGACCGGCGGUCUCAGGACAACAUCAGCAUCAUUAUUGCUGAUCUAGGAAGAACAGAGUGGAAGAAUCUCCCCGCGCAGCGACAAAACGUGGUGGUUGAACUGGUUCAGGCUGCAGCUACUAUCGGUUUAGUUACUGUUGGCAUAUGGAUGUCUUCACAUCUAUCUUAAGUGAAUUGAACAUUCCAUCUCUUUCUUUAGUGUAUAUAAAACAUGUAACUAUGU